AUGAAUUUGGUUUCUGGUUUUGGUUGGGUGCAUAAAAGCGAUCGUCGAAUCAGUACUGCACACUCAGUCAAGCAGAAGUUUUGCAACGAUCCGUCCGAUAUGUUCAAGAUCGCUCUCCUCAGUUCAGUAGCUCUCAUCGCUAGCGUUGCAUCGACGAAAGGCGGAGAACAGUACUUGACUGAAUGCAUGAAAAUGAUGAAACCGUUAGCGGAAUGGCUUGGGAUUCCGGAUGAAGCCGUAAAAGCUGGGUGUGUAAAGAACUGGAAUAAACACUACGGAAUUGAUGGAGACAGUGCAUAUCUACAGAGUCUAUCGAAUCUGGAAGUUAGUCCUAUGGAAGAAGCUUCGAGUGAGCACAAUGAUCAACAGCUCACAGUCGCGUCUCUGAACGACCAGAAUAAGCCACAGUUCAGAAUCGCUUCUCUGAAUGGUGCAAACGAGGACAAA